AGGGUCCUCUUCGGUCCCUCCUUUUUCUAGAUUCUAGUUUACCUCUUCUCAUUUUAUUACUACUAGAUUAGUUGUCUAUAAGUCAUACACUAUCAAAUCCAGCCAUGUGAUGCUUUGUAAUUUUUGCAUAUAUAGCCACUCAUGGUUUCCCCUGUCUUUCUAUUACAAGUCUUGUUCCCUGUCGAUUCUCACGCCUCACUGCAACCUUACAUUAAUCUCAAACGCCGGCUUAAGCUCCAAAAAGAAGAAGACAGUAAAGAGAAGAGGAAGCCUCUUGGGUGUUCGCUGCGUCUUGUUUUGCAACCCGCUUGUGUAUCAGAGAAUAGGUUAUGCUAUGCUAUAGUAUGAUCUAAAUUAAAUAUGGGUCUCAAGCUUCUGAAUCUACAUACCAUUCCAUGUUGGUUUCACUUGCUGGGCAACCACAUGUCGUGCCUCCACCUGCAGCCUGAGCCUCGGCUUGGUACCAUCAAGAUCAUGGACUCUGACGGGAUUGUCAAGAUCUAUGAUCGUCCCGUCCAUGUUUCCGAGCUCAUAACGGAGUUCCCUAAGCACAUGAUUUGCCGUUCUGAUUCGUUUUACAUAGGCCAGAAGAUCCCAGCUCUCUCCAAGGACGACCAGCUCCAGCUUGGCCACAGAUACUUUCUUCUUCCUAAACAUUUUUUCCAGUCAGUUUUAUCGUUCGUUACCAUUGCCUCCUUUGCCAACGCCCGAUCUCCGCAAUCUCCGGUUCCAUCUUCAUCUUCGCGGGUGUCAAGUAUUGCUCUGGUGAAGAAGGCUGCAACUUGCCAACCUUUCCAGAUACAAAAAAGUCCAUCCGGAUGCUUAAGAAUACGAAUAUCUGAUGAAUUUAUAUGGCAGUUAAUGGAAGAAGGCAGAAUGAAAGAGAGUGUUGAUGAGAGUUGGAGCAGAGUAUGCACCACCCCACAGUUGCAGAAGCAGUACGCGCAGCUUGUGGGUUCACGCCAUUGGAAACCCAAGCUGGAGACCAUUAAGGAGAAGGAGAAAAGGAAGAUUUCGUCUUUCGGAAUGAUGAGGAAGAAGAAAUCACAGUUGAAGAACAACCUAAAGACUCAGAGAUCAUCUGAACACCAUGUUCAUGUAACUUGUGCCAAACCCCCGUCAAAACCCAAGAUUAGGAUUAAAUCAUCAAGAAAAUGAUCAAACCCAUUUUUGUUUUUAAGAUUCCUGUUGUAAAAGAAAUUACAGGUUUUCUUGCUAGAGUUUAGAGAAAGAAAGUGAAUUAAACCAUCUCAAAUUACACUUUAAUUGUCUCGUACUCUU